AUGAUGGCGGCAACACCACCAUUGAUCAAUAAGUGCCAUGUGCGACAGAUGGACGACUCAACACCAGCAGACGGGCGCCAGCCAGUCCCGCCCCCAGUCCAGAAACCACCACCACCACCACCAACAUGCCAGACAGACAGACAGAUUCAGCCGGCAAAGACGUCGGCUAGAGGGGCGAUUGGCUGCCCUACACCACACGCCUGCCGCCUCGCCAUGGCCAAAAAGCAAUGUGCGCGUUGGACCUGCGCCGCUCUUGCUCUAGCGUCUGCUGGGUCAUUCAUUGCCCGCUUGGACUGGACAGACGAGCAUGGGAUGGGAUGGGACAAUAGGGACCGCCGCCGGGGCGGGGUGAAUAACUACAUACAUUGAUACAUUCAACGGCUACUUUGCACGCGACUUCUUUCCCCCGUCCGUCCGUCCGCCGCGGCGCGUCAUGUGCGUUAUUAUAGACGGAUAGGUGAUGUGGUGGACACACGGGUCUGAGUGUACUAUACUGCACUGUACUCAAUGUAAUGCAAGGCG